AUUUUUUCUUGAUGGGACUGGACAUGGACAAAAACCCAACAUCGCUUUCCGAGGCUUACAAUAACCAGUGGGCGCCGCUCCAUAGAGACAACAGGAUCUACCGUCUGAAUAAGGACUUCGAUGGAAAUAUGGACAAGACCAAAUUUGAGUACGUCUAUGACUUUGUGGAGAAGCCUGCAGACGGGGACGUCCCGAGCUACGUUGUUGGAUAUCUCCAAAGUUCAGUCACACAGAGUGUGAACUUCCCAAAACUCGGCAUCACCGUAGACUUCGAAAGUGGAGAGAAAAUCUACUUUUCAGACGGGCCAAACCACAGUAGUAAGUGGAACAUGUACCAGAUACACCGCCUGGCGGAGAGAAGCGGCUUUGCAGUAAAUGACUACUGGACAAAUGAAGCAUCUGACUAUUGUUUGGUGUGCUUUGUGCCUGUGUAGUGUAGAAGUAUAAACGUUUUUAUUUUAGAUCAGAGAUUUCGAAAAUACUUUAAUCAUUGAACACAAAAUCUAGUCCAGAUUGCUGGCUACCUUAAACAAUAAAAGUCCAUGCUAGUUCGGAGACCUCACACCUACAUGGAAUUGUUUGAAUAUGCUUUGUGCCUGUGUAGUGUAGAAGUAUAAACGUUUUUAUUUUAGAUCAGAGAUUUCGAAAAUACUUUAAUCAUUGAACACAAAAUCUAGUCCAGAUUGCUGGCUACCUUAAACAAUAAAAGUCCAUGUUAGUUCGGAGACCUCACACCUACAUGGAAUUGUUUGAAUAUGCUUUGUGCCUGUGUAGUGUAGAAGUAUAAACGUUUUUAUUUUAGAUCAGAGAUUUCGAAUAUACUUUUAUCAUUGUAAACAAAAUCUAGUCCAGAUUGCUGACUACAUUACACAAUAAAAGUCCAUGUUAGUUCGGAGACCUCACACCUACAUGGAAUUGUUUGAAUAUGCUUUGUGCCUGUGUAGUGUAGAAGUAUAAACGUUUUUAUUUUAGAUCAGAGAUUUCGAAUAUACUUUAAUCAUUGAAAACAAAAUCUAGUCCAGAUUGCUGACUACAUUACACAAUAAAAGUCCAUGUUAGUUCGGAGACCUCACACCUACAUGGAAUUGUUUGAAUAUGCACAUUUACCGCAACUUUUGAAUAAUCUAUGCAACCUUUCAUUAACUUACAUAUGUUACAAGUACUACAUGUCUAUCGUUUUCCAGUUACCUAUUAUAGCACUUUCGUACUAUGCAAAUUAGGCCCUUGUCUACAUGAUUGGUAU